GAGACAAUCCAUCAAAAUUCAUCCACUUCUGUACUCCUGUAUCUUCGCAUCCUCUGACCGCGCUUGCCACCACUGAAGUGACCGCGACACUGCAUCUCCGCCAGGUGGCCGCAACUCGUCUGCAUGCUCUCCUGUGCUCUCCUGUGGGGCCCACUCCGGAAGAGCAAAGCAAUAUUGCUCCUGCCUGGCACCUCGACGGAGCCCGGACACGCAUGCGAACCACGGGGGGGAUCCCUAUCGCGCCAGCGUCGGCUUGACCUCGCCCGCAGCACUCUCAUUGCCCUCGCCCGCCCUCCGCCUCGCCCAUCAUCUCCUGCCGCACCUUCCUCAUGACUGCCGUUGCCAACCCCCCCAGCUUCACGAACCUCAACCGGCCAGGAUGGAUUAACGACGGACAGCCGCUGAACUCGAUCAACCCGCCGUCGAAUGACGCCAGAGGGGCCAACAUGUUUAUGCAGCGGAAGUCUCUUCAACGAACAAGCUCUUCCUCGUCCGUGUCGUCGACGUCGUCGAGCUCGUCCACCUCGACCGUCACCUCCAACUCCGUCUCGCAGCCGAAUGGCAUCUCCAUGCCCGGGACUGGCGGCGCUGAUGGGUGGUCGAAUCCCCCAGGCCGCAAGCGGCCCUCCACCAAGGGUCAGUGGUCGAACGGGAAGGCCGACGGGCCCGCCGACUUCUCGAGGACCGCGUCCGGCCGCGCACCCAUGACCAACGGCAUCAGUGGCGCGUCGGCUCUUCACCAGCAGCAGUCGAUGCUCGCGUCCCAGAAUCAGCCCAUGGGCCAGAACGGAAUGGGCCGCCCAGGCGGCGGCGACCCCACGGGACAGGGACGGCAACCGGUCCUCUACCUGCUCUCCUUGAAUGGCAGCUUCGAGCGCAAGACCAUCACGGUUCCCUUCUUUCCCGAUACCCUUCGGAUCGGGCGCCAGACCAACGCGAAGACGGUUCCCACCCCAGUCAACGGUUACUUCGACAGCAAGGUGCUGUCGAGGCAGCACGCCGAGAUCUGGGCCGACGCCAACGGGAAGAUCUGGAUUCGGGACGUCAAGUCGUCCAACGGGACCUUUGUCAACGGCACGCGGUUGUCGCCCGAGAAUAGAGAGUCCGAUCCGCACGAGCUGCAAGCCCAGGACCACCUGGAACUCGGCAUCGACAUCGUCAGCGAAGACCAGAAGACGGUAGUACAUCACAAGGUGGCCGCCAAGGUCGAGCACGCCGGUUUCCUCACACCCUCCAGCAACGUGAUGGAUAUGAACUUUGGCGAUCUCGAUCCCUCCAACAACUCCAUGAUGCUCCCGAUGGGGGGCGCCCCUCCGUUCCGCGGUCGCACCGGCAGCCAGCCCGGGGCUCCGGCAAACAAUCGCACGGCUCCGGGCAACAUGAACGGGCAGCCAAAUACGAUGGCGCAGCAACGGCAAUUCUGGCUGAACCCGGUUACGACCGAGCACAUCGUCAAGAAACUUCAUACCGAGAUGCGCAAUGCACGACUGCAGAACCAGGACCUGGCCCGGACAAGCCAGUUCCUCAACGCGCUCCUAUCCAAGGAUGACAUCAAGAACGCGGAUAAGCCCGAAGUUCCCGAACCCCCCAAAGCGCCUGUGCCCAACGGCAAUGUCUCGUUCCGUUCCGAUGGUGGAAAGACGCGAUUCUCGGAACCACCAGCCCCGCCGCCGUCUCAGCCGCUUCCCGAGAAGCCCGAUGCCGCGCGCGGUGCAGACGCGCCUUCGCUAAAACGAGGCACGACGGAGCGGCCGAAGGCGGCGAGCUCAUCGCCCAUUCGCCAAGACAACAACAACAACAAUAACAACAACAACAAUAACCUGAACCAGAUCCUUCUCCUGACGGAAGCGCUCAACAAUGCCAAGAGGGAGCUCGAUAACCACACGGCAAGAGUGCGUGAUCUCGAGGAGAUGCUGACCAAGGAGCGGGAAGCUCGGCUGCAUGCCGAGGACAUGAUCCAGAAGAUGGAGGAGGCCAACCAGUCCAAGGUCAACGGCUCCGCCGACACGGCGCUCGUUAACGGGCAUUCCGAGCUCGACAGUGCCUUCGACGCCGCAGCCGAACAGGCCCAGACUACCGAGACCGAGAAGCCGUCGACCGGCCCGGCAGAGGAGAAAGCGCCGACCGAAGCGGACAAGGCCGAGACGCUCGCCGCAGCAUUCCAGGCGAAGAUCGACUCGAUGGCGCUGGAAAUGAACAGUCUUAGGGAGCAGCUCGAGGCAUUCAGGUUGCGGGCGGAGAAGGCAGAGGCCGAAAGAGAUGCCGAUCGCAAGACGCUGGCCGAGAUGGUGGCCCAGAUACGACGGCGGGAUGAGGAGGACAAGAAGCGGGAGGCCGAGAGACGGGCCAGAUCCGCUUCCAGGGGCAUGCGGCGUAGAUCUAGCCAGGCCGAGCUCCUGGAGAAGGCGGCUCCGGAGAUGAACGGCAGCGCCAAGGCGGCACCGGCUGUGGAGCUCGAUGGACUCUCGGAGGAGAAGAGCUCCGACGCGGCAGCACCCACGCCCUCCGAGACGAGUGCGGCGAAGCCCAGCGGUGGAGCACUAGCGGUCCAGGCACAACCGUCGCAGGAACCAGCGCUCAUACACACGCUGCCAUACGCGUCCAUGAUCGGGGUGGUCCUCUUCGGCAUGGGGCUAAUGGCCUACCUAAACGGCUGGCAGCCGCAACCGAGACUGGACCGCUAGCUUGGCCUAUGGUGACGCGAGUUGCGGCAACAGCACUUUGCUCGGAGAGAUCAGUCUGUGAAAUUAUAUAUAUGGGCGAUUGUCAUGGCGCACUGUUGUUCUCGAGCUGCAUGGCGUGUGUGUGCAUUAGCAAUGGGCG